GUCCUGGAAGAAGCAUCACUUCAUCACAAAACCUACCAAGCUAAUUCAGCAUUUCAGCUUGGUUCUAUAGGUAGGAGCUGGUAAGAUCACCAUGGAGAAGCUCUCCAUGGUGACCUCUCUCCUCUGCGCCAUCACUGUCGCGGUUCUCGCCGUGGCGGUGGUCAGCGGCGAGGCGGCUGUGGUGGAGCACACCUUCGUGGUGCACGAGAUGAACGCGACGCACCUGUGCAACACGACCAAGAUCUACGUGGUGAACGGACAGUUCCCGGGCCCCACGGUGGACGUGACGGAGGGCGACACGGUGGUUGUCCAUGUCAUCAACAAGCUGCCAUUUGGGCUUACCAUCCAUUGGCAUGGUGUCCGCCAGAUGAGGAGCUGCUGGGCUGAUGGGGCUGGUUUUGUCACCGAGUGUCCUAUCCCACCCGGAAACGAGCACACCUACCGCUUCAACGUCACCGGCCAGGUCGGCACGCUGUGGUGGCACGCCCACGUCACCUGCCUCCGGGCCACCAUCAAUGGUGCCUUCAUCGUUCGCCCUCGUGAUGGGAAGUACCCCUUCCCGACACCGGCCAAGGACGUGCCGAUCAUCAUAGGAGAAUGGUGGGAGCUUGACCUCAUCGAGCUAGAUAGAAGGAUGAUGGAUGGCAACUUCGACGACAACCCGUUGUCUGCGACGAUCAAUGGGAAGCUCGGCGACCUCAGCAACUGCUCUCGCAUGGUGGAGGAAAGCUUCAUCCUCGACGUUAAGCACGGGGAGAGCUACCUUCUCCGGGUCAUCAACACUGCACUCUUCUCUGAAUACUACUUCAGGGUCGCCGGCCACACGUUCACGGUGGUCGGCGCCGAUGGCAACUACCUGACGCCAUUUAAGACGGACAUGGUCACCGUCGCCCCUGGCGAGGCCAUCGACGUGAUCAUGGUCGCCGACGCGCCACCGGCGCACUACCACAUGAUCGCGCUGGCUAACCAACCUCCGGAGCCGGACCCGCAGAUCCCGGUGUUCACCUCUCGUGGCCUUGUCCGCUACGCCGGCACCACCGCCAACAACAACGGCCUCCCGGUACCGAUGCCGAUCAUGCCCAACCAACACAACACCAUGCCGUCCUACUACUUCCACGCCAACCUCACCGGCCUUGCCCACCCAGAGCGCCAUCGUGUCCCUAUGCAUGUCGACGAGCGCCUCUUCGUCACCUUGGGGCUCGGCUCCAUAUGCCGUGGCCAGAACACCACCUGCAAGCGGCGGCGCAGCCCGGAGACCAUCGUGGUGGCCACCAUGAACAACGUCUCCUUCGCCCACCCGAAAACCACCGCGCUCCUCGAGCGCUACUACGACGGCACAUCGAAGGGCGUGUACACGGAGGACUUCCCCAUCCGGCCGCCGCGGCCUUUCAACUACACCAACCGUGAUCUCAUCCCUCCCGGCCCGCUCGAGGAGGCGUUGGAGCCGACGUUCAAGGCGACCAAGCUGAAGCGGUUCAAGUACAACACAUCGGUGGAGAUCAUCUUCCAGAGCACCACGCUGAUGCAGAGCGACUCCAACCCCAUGCACCUCCAUGGCUAUGAUGUCUUCCUCCUUGCACAGGGGCUCGGCAACUUUAACGCCAAGAGGGAUGUCAGGAAGUUCAACUACCACAACCCGCAGCUUAGGAACACCGUGCAGGUUCCACGUGGCGGGUGGGCCGCCAUUCGCUUCGUCACAGACAAUCCAGGGAUGUGGUACCUACACUGUCACUUUGAGUUCCACAUCAUUAUGGGCAUGGCGACGGCGUUCAUCGUGGAGGAUGGGCCGACACCAGAGACGAGCCUGCCUCCACCACCACCGGAGUUCAAGAGAUGUGGCAACAAUGGUCUGAGUCAACCAUGAGGGUUUUGAAGAGAAAGUCCAAAUUUUUUACUGCUACGAGUAAUAAAAAAUAAAAAAUGCAUGGAUUUGUAGUAUGCAUUGUAUUGGUGAUGAUUAUUCUUACUGUAAAAGAGAUUUACUAUUCUUUUUUGGUAUUCAUUGUUGUAAGGUGGCAAAGUGUAAGUAAAUCCAUUUGGAUUUAAUUUAUGAAGAAGAGAACAAUUAUUUAUGAAGAAAGUCACCUGUCAAUUCUGGGGUACUUCAGAGGUCAGAGUUAACUCUGAACUUUCAGACUUCAGAGUUUAAGGCCAUGUUUAGAUUCCAACUUUUUUUUUUCAAACUUCCGACUUU